UACAUCAUCAGUAAAUGCCCACUGGUUACGUACAAUUACCGCGUCUACUAUUUUCAAAUAAACGAGCAAACGUCUUAACAAACCUAUAUUCCAUCCCUUUUCCCCCAAAGUAUUUAGAAGACGUGUCUGAAAUUGCAGUUAGCUUGAGGCUAGCCCCGUCAGAGGAGACCCUGAGACCUGCUCGGAGAAUGGACAGUGAAAUCCAAAGAGAUGGGAGAGUCCUGGAUCUCACUGAUGAUGCCUGGAGGGAAGACAAGCUACCGUAUGAAGAUGUCACUAUCCCUCUGAGUGAACUUCCGGAGGCCGAGCAGGACAAUGGAGGAUCCACAGAGUCUGUGAAAGAACAAGAAAUGAAGUGGACAGACCUCGCCCUGCAGAGCCUACACGAAAACACACCAAGCACUGGAAGCUGAAAGACUCCUCUAGAAUCAGACUGAAGAACUAAAAUGCGCAUUCACAACAGACACUGAAUUCAGAUUCAUGUAGUUCACAGUAUUUUCCAAUUUUAUUGUGUCUUGAAGGAUUUACAGAAUGUUCCAGUUAAGUGAAAAUUAUGCACAGAUAUAGUUUGAUACUAUGUAACAACAUUAAUUGGAAAGAGUAACUUCCAAAUCUACUGCUUCUAUCAGGCUGUAUGUUGUAUGACACAUUCUUGAGAUUGUUUCUGGCUACAAAAACACUGCUUUUAUCUGGGCAGCAAUGACUCUUGUCUAGAAAGCAGCCUUUGCAUAUUGUAACAAUGACACUUCGUGAUCUUAAACUCAUGUUUAAGGAUUUAAUGGGAAGGACAUUGUGUGUGCAUGCCUGUACUUGUUUGUGUUAAAAUACUGUUGUGUUGAAAAAAAUCCCUUUAUUUCAAACCUGUCUGUCAACUUUUCAUAAAUCCUCUUUCAGUUUUGGAUCACAGUUAAUCUAUUAAUUAAGAAAAUAACUGUUGUCUGGUUAAUGGAUACCUUAAUAAUUAUAAAUCUGCCAUCCAGGUCAGUGAUAGAUGUAUUGGGAUUUAAUGGGACAUUUUUAUUAAUUAAAACUGACACACCUUUUUGCCUACUGUUAUAUGUUCAUGAAAUAUUGGUUAAAUUGUUUACAUUUAAGGUUUUGUGAUUCUGGAUUUGUUAGAUGGUUUCUUGUAGAAAGCAUAUGUCAGCAUUUAAUUUUAUCAAAUGGUUAAUGAUUUUAAUCCUCUUAACCUGGGUCCAGAAUCCACGCACAUUCCAUGACACUAUUUUGAGUGACUGAGUGAUUGUUUGUUAUAGAUAUGUUUGUAUAAUGAAAGCAGGGAAGACAGGGAAAGGAGAGAGGAAGGGGGAAAAAAGGAAAAAAUGUAAAAGAGGAUUAACAGGACCUACAGUUGCAUGUGUUUGCUGG